AUGGGAGGGAAAAUUGGACUGGUGUUUGUUGUGAUACUUGGUGUUGUUGCAUUGGAUUGUGAUGCUAGAGGGUUAUCAAGUCCUUAUCAGUUGGGCAUUUUUGCUGCAAAUUCUGCUUCUUCUGAGCUAGUGAGGAUACCGGAUGUAUGUGCACUUUGUGAGGAAUAUACUACCAAGGCACUUGAUUAUAUAAAUGAAAACAAGACUCAGAGUGAGGUCAUUGAUAUUCUUCACAACACUUGUCAUCAGCUUCACACUUUUGAGAGAAAGUGCGUAAGUUUGGUGGACUAUUAUUUGCCACUUUUCUUCUUAGAAAUGACCUCAGUUCAGCCUGGAGAUUUCUGCAAUAAGGUCAACCUCUGCCAGAACAUUGCUAACAUUUCCUUACAAUUUCAAGAAAACAGCUGCGAGUUUUGUGAAGAUACUGUUUCAAAACUAUUGGACAAGAUAAAAGAUCCUGACACAGAACUAGAGAUAAUCGAGACACUACUGAAAGUAUGCAGUUCACUGGACAAGUAUGCGAGCAAGUGCAAGAGGGUUGUUCUAGAGUAUGGUCCCUUGGUAUUUGAAAAUGCAGAGAAAUUUCUGGAGAAGACAGAUAUAUGCACUGCAUUACAUGCUUGCAAGGAUUCAAAUGUAGUUGGCAGAGGAUUUCUUUCUGACCUCUUAGGUAUUUAUUAUGGGAGUAAUAUUUUUAUGAGGAUGGUGCAUUUGUUGAAGAUUGCUCUAUUUUGA